GGGGAUGGCGAAGCACACGGUCUCCUCCGCGCGCUUCCGCCGGGUGGACGUUGACGAGUACGACGAGAACAAAUUCGUGGACGAAGAGGACGGCGGCGACGGACAAGCCGGUCCCGACGAAGGCGAAGUGGACUCGUGUCUGAGGCAUUUUUUUACAGGGAACAUGACGGCUGCUUUACAGGCAGCUUUGAAGAAUCCUCCAAUCAACACCAAGAGUCAAGCAGUAAAGGAUCGUGCAGAAAGCAUUGUUCUGAAGGUUCUCAUCUCUUUCAAAGCCAAUGACAUUGAAAAGGCUGUACAGUCUUUGGACAAGAAUGGAGUUGAUCUCUUAAUGAAAUACAUCUACAAGGGCUUUGAGAGCCCAUCUGAUAACAGCAGUGCUGUCUUACUUCAGUGGCAUGAAAAGGCUCUUGCUGCUGGAGGUGUAGGCUCCAUUGUCCGUGUAUUGACUGCCAGGAAAACAGUUUAAGUCCAGCAGGAAGUGCCCUUCUGCCAUAGGUGUGGGAAAUGCUGGUACAAAGACCAAAACAACCAAAUGCCAUCACUGCCCUGUGGGUAGCAUCUCUCUCUCUCUGUCUCAGCUUGCCAUCUUGCUUUUUCAUAUCUAUGGUGAAAUAUGCAUAUCAGAUUUUUUUUUUGUUAUGUUAAAUAUUGGAUAAUUAUACAGGUGCAAUUUUAUUUGUAAAAAGAGGAUUUGGUACUCUCAAUGCAUUUCAGUGACUCAAAUACAGUGUUUGCAUAGGAUGAUUAGCAUUUUCAGAGAAUCAUGACAGGAUACUACUGCCUUCUCCCUUUUAUGGCCAGACCUCAGGGGGAUUGAGGUCAGUGUCUAAACUGUUCAGCUGGUCAGGCAACAUUCCUUCACUAGUAAUGGAAACUAGAUUGUGUGUUUCCUGAUCACAUUCUGACUGUACAGCAUCAAGCAAGGGUUUGCCAAAAGGUCAGGUUAUCCCUCAAUGGGUGAAUGUAGUGCAGAAGUAUCUCUCACAGUGUUUCUUUGCAGUCUCUUCCAUGAUGAAUCAGUAAGAGGAGAAAUGUCCUACUUUCUUUGAUGAGCCAUCAAAAGGGGAAUGAAGCAAUUUUUUUCUGGAACUCCAUAUAAUGGUUGCCUCUUGAUGGUCUAAUAUGUGUAUAUUUAAUGUUUUAGCACAGAACUACCUGUUAUACUUUAUUUGGGACUAUGUUAAAAAUAGCAUCCCUGUGGCAGAUUCUCCUUUCUGUUAUAAUGUUUAGGAUCAAUUCUCCCUAUAUCCUGAUGUCAUAAUGUUUUGUGUUUCCCUGCCCUCAAUCCUCAUUGGUUGCAGAUGGUGUGGAAACAUAUUAUAUGAUGACAACAGGAGAUAAGACAAAUUACUCCAGAGGGAGGUAGGGGAGAUUUGAUAAGGGGGCUGGUUUUGGUAGAAGCUGCAUGUUGAGUGUAAUAUGUAGUUCUGCCUUAAGAUGCAGAAAUCAGUGUUGAGGUACCAGAGACCUAAGAGCUUGACCUAUGUUCAUAAUAGGGUCAUGGUCUUUGUUGUAUUAUAGGAGAUAGUAUUGACCAAGAAAAAAAAUUAAGUGCUUAUAAAUAAAAAAAAGUGUGACUUUCCACCAGACCUUGUGCAUUCCAGACCUGGAAACAGCUUGAAUAUGAAUGAUUUAGGAGUGAAGCUGACUGGUGUGUUUCAUUUAUACUCAUUGCCAGUUCAUAUCCAAAAACUGGUAAGGAAUUCUGAAACCUUUGCUCGUUUUUUAUACCUGGUUUUUUGUAAAAUGAAAAAAUCAAAAAAUAAAUGGUCACUGUUAAAUAUUUAUUUUUUUUC